AAAUAAAAGAUGGCUUAGGAGAAAAGCUAUCCAACGUUUUUUCCUUGGGCCGCAUAGGUUGACGGUAGCCAAGCUGGUACUUGGCGUGAAGUGAAAAGUGGAGGCUGCUUAGGGGCCGUCCUGCAGUCAGGGAAGAGAUAGUGUGGAGGGCUGUUGGGAGGUGUCCCACCCACGCCCCCCAAGGAGUGGAAACCAGAACGCCGCUGUCUGCAGCAGCAGGCCAGGUUCCAGAGGGCGGCAGGCGGAGGGCGGAGGGAGGAAGGCGCGCGGAGGCGCGGAGGAGGCGUCGGCGGCGGCGCCCACUCCCCCUAGUCCCUGCGCCCCGCCGCUCGCCUCCCGCUGCCGGGCGCCGGCGCGCUCGGCUCUUUCCGCCGCCGCCGCUGCCGCGCGCUGCCCCGUGCGCCUCGGCACCUUCGGCAAUUUCCGUCGGGCCCCAGCCGCCAUUUUCUCGCCGCUUGUGUGGCUCGCUGGCUGCGUGGCUCGGUUCUUGUGAGCGAAGCUUUGUCCGGUUCGGCAAUGGACGGGUAUGUAAUCGGGCCGGCGAGAAGAAUUGUCACUGAGGUUGCAGUUGGUGUGAAGAGAGGAUCUGACGAACUGCUCUCAGGCAGUGUUCUCAGUAGUCCAAACUCUAAUAUGAGCAGCAUGGUAGUUACAGCCAAUGGUAAUGAUAGUAAAAAAUUUAAAGGAGAAGAUAAAAUGGAUGGUGCUCCUUCUCGUGUACUUCAUAUUCGAAAAUUACCUGGGGAAGUAACAGAAACUGAAGUUAUUGCUUUAGGCUUACCUUUUGGUAAGGUGACCAACAUCCUUAUGCUGAAAGGAAAAAAUCAGGCAUUUUUGGAACUAGCAACCGAGGAAGCAGCUAUUACUAUGGUUAAUUACUAUUCUGCCGUGACACCUCAUCUUCGUAACCAACCGAUAUAUAUCCAGUACUCGAAUCACAAAGAACUAAAGACAGAUAAUACAUUAAACCAACGUGCUCAAGCAGUUCUUCAAGCUGUGACAGCUGUCCAGACAGCAAAUACUCCUCUUAGUGGCACCACAGUUAGCGAGAGUGCAGUGACUCCAGCCCAGAGUCCAGUACUUAGAAUAAUUAUUGACAACAUGUACUACCCUGUAACACUUGAUGUUCUUCACCAAAUAUUUUCUAAGUUUGGUGCUGUUUUGAAGAUAAUCACAUUUACAAAAAACAACCAGUUUCAAGCUUUGCUCCAGUAUGGUGAUCCAGUAAAUGCUCAACAAGCAAAACUAGCCCUAGAUGGUCAGAAUAUUUAUAAUGCCUGCUGUACCCUAAGGAUUGAUUUUUCCAAACUUGUGAAUUUGAAUGUAAAAUACAACAAUGAUAAAAGUAGGGAUUAUACUCGACCUGAUCUUCCGUCUGGGGAUGGACAACCUGCAUUGGACCCAGCUAUUGCUGCAGCAUUUGCCAAGGAGACAUCUCUCUUAGCUGUUCCAGGAGCUCUGAGUCCUUUGGCUAUUCCAAAUGCUGCUGCAGCAGCUGCUGCAGCUGCUGCUGGCCGAGUGGGUAUGCCUGGAGUCUCAGCUGGUGGCAAUACAGUCCUGUUGGUUAGCAAUUUAAAUGAAGAGAUGGUUACGCCCCAAAGUCUGUUUACCCUCUUCGGUGUUUAUGGAGAUGUGCAGCGUGUGAAGAUUUUGUACAAUAAGAAAGACAGCGCUCUAAUACAGAUGGCUGAUGGAAACCAGUCACAACUUGCCAUGAAUCAUCUUAAUGGACAGAAAAUGUAUGGAAAAAUUAUUCGUGUUACUCUGUCGAAACAUCAGACUGUACAACUACCUCGAGAGGGACUUGAUGAUCAAGGGCUAACAAAAGAUUUUGGGAAUUCCCCAUUGCAUCGUUUUAAGAAACCUGGAUCCAAAAAUUUUCAAAACAUUUUUCCUCCUUCUGCCACUCUCCACCUAUCUAAUAUCCCUCCAUCAGUAGCAGAAGAGGAUCUACGAACACUGUUCGCUAACACUGGGGGCACUGUGAAAGCAUUUAAGUUUUUUCAAAGAGAUCACAAAAUGGCUCUUCUUCAGAUGGCAACAGUGGAAGAAGCUAUUCAGGCCUUGAUUGAUCUUCAUAAUUAUAACCUUGGAGAAAAUCAUCAUCUGAGAGUGUCUUUUUCCAAGUCAACAAUUUAAAAAGGGGAAGAUGAAGAUUGGGGGUGAAUCACAUUGUUCAGUGUCAUCACCUAUUGACUGUUCAGAAAAGUGGGGACCAGAGUUUGAUUUUUUUUGCUUUUGUUUUUUUGGGGUUUUUUUUUUUUUUCCAUGCUGUUAUCAUUCCUUGGUUAUAAAAUGAAAUGGCAUAUGUAAAGGCAGAGUUGUUAACUGCUAUAUUUCAUCUGUUCUAUAGGGAAGCCAUUUUUGUCUGUUUAAAAUUUCAGUUUAAUUUUGCUUUUUUUUCUUCCUUUCAACUUAGUUGACAUACGUGCCUUAAAAAGGAAAACUAGUGUUGCUAUUGUGCAUUUACUAGAAAAAAGGAAUUGGUUGUUUAGGGCAC